GACGCGGCCCAGGGCCCGGUCGACACCGGCAGCGGCUACGACCACCUGGCCGUGUCGACGCCCGACGUGCACGUCGCCGCGGCGGCCUUGCGGGCUGCCGGCGUGGAGCUCACGGUGCCGCCCAUGGUCAUGUUCGGCAUGAACAUCACUGGGUUCAAGGACCCCGACGGCUACUCCGUCUAUCUGGUGGAGGACCCGUGGUUCCUGUCCGUCGGUUGGGCCACGACGACGACGAGGGCGUCCGCGGACGCUCUUG